AUGGAUCGAGCAAGGGAUUGCUUACACCUGAGAAGAACUACUGAACAGCACGUGCCAGAGGUGGAAGUCCAGGUCAAACGUAGAAGGACUGCCUCACUGAGCAACCAAGAGUGCCAUCAGUACCCACGACGUUCUCAGCAGCAGCAGCAAGUUCCUGUGGUGGAUUUCCAGGCAGAACUGAGACAGGCAUUUUUGGCUGAGACACCAAGAGGUGAUUAA